UCUCUCUGUGUGUGUGUGUGUGUGUGUGUGUGUGUGAGAGAGAGACUAAAGAGGAAAUCAGUGAUGCACACACAUAUAAACUUGUGACUUGAAGCCAUGUAGUGCCUGGCUGUUAGAACAGAGUCUCCAGUCAGCAGCAUUAUGAAUAGCUGGAACCCAGAAGUGCUUGUUCGGAAAUCUCAGGAAGCCAAAGAACAGGCGUAUUGUCCCUACAGCAAGUUCAGAGUCGGAGCAGCUGUCUUAACAAGCGAUGGAACCGUGUUCACAGGUUGUAAUGUAGAGAAUGCAUGCUACACUGCUGGACUGUGUGCUGAGAGGACUGCAAUCUCUAAAGCUGUGUCUGAGGGACACAAGAGCUUCAAAGCCAUUGCUAUUGCCAGUGACCUUGAAGAUCGCUUUAUUUCUCCAUGUGGAGCCUGUAGGCAGUUCAUGAGAGAGUUUGGCUCACAGUGGGACGUUUAUAUGUCAAAAUCUGAUGGAUCUUACAAACUGAUGACAGUGGAGGAGCUCCUGCCGUGUUCAUUUGGCCCUGAUGACCUGAGGGCAAGAGAAAACCAUUAGACUUUUGACAUAAAGCCAUGACAGAUAGAUUUAAAUGUAUUGAAUGGAUGUAUGGUUAUAUUAUUUUCCAAUGAAAAAUAUAAAUGCGUAAAUUAAUAAAUAGUAGCCCUAUUCUGAAUU